AUGAGGUUUAGCCGAAACUUUUCAAACCUUGCCGAAGGUUUAAGAAACGCUGUAUCUUUGGGACUUCAAGGAUUGUACACUUCGGAACUGCAGCCACAUCCGGGUGAUAAUUUUCCCGUUCACAACAUAUCAAUAUCGAUGUCCCCUAAAAUUAUUGGUGAAUUAUAA